AUGGGUCCCACCUGUGCCUCGUUAGCCCCGGCCCUCAGGGACCCAGAGCCCUCGGAGCCCUCGGGGGUCCCAGAGCCCUCAGGGGUCCCGGGGCCCUCAAGGGACCCAGAUCCUCCGGGGGUCCUGCAGCCCUCAGGGGUCCCCAAGCCCUUGGAACCUUCGGGGGUCUCAGGGGUCCUGGAGCCCUCAGGGAUCCAAAAGCCAUUGGAGUCCCCGAGGGUCCCAGAGCCUUCAGGGGUCUUGGGGGUCCCGGGGCCCUCAAGGGACCCAGAUCCCCCGGGGGUCCCAGAGCCCUCGGGGGUCCCGCAGCCCUUGGAGCCCCCGGGGGUCCCGCAGCCCACGCCGCCCCCCGAGCUGCUGGGGGAGCUCCUGCAGCAGCGCUUCGGGCCCCUGCCCCAGCCCGCCCCCAUCGUCCGCCUGCGCCGCGGCCCCAGCGGGGGCUACGAACCCACCGGGGACCCGGCCGAGGUGCUGGAGCGGCGGCAGGCGGCCAACGCCAAGGAGAGGGAGAGGAUCCGGAACCUCAACAGCGGCUUCUCCCAGCUGCGCUCCCUGGUGCCGCUGGUGCCGCGGGACCGCCGGCCCAACAAGGCGGACACGCUGCGGGCGGCGGCCGAGUACAUCCGGCUGCUGCGGGCCGUGCUGCAGCUGCUGCAGGACUGCCACGUGAGACCCCAAACCUGCCCCUAA